GCGGUGCCGGCAGCGCCGCGAUGGCCGCCGAGGGGCAGGACCCGCUGGGUUAUUUCGCCGCUUACGGCAGCUCCAGCUCGGAUUCGGAACCCGAGGAGGAGGAGGAGGAGGCGGCGGCGGCGGCGGCGGCGGCGGGGGAGGGCUCGGGGCAGCCCCGGGGGGGCGGCGCGGCCCCGGCGGUUCGGCUGCCGCCGCCCGAGGAGCUGUUCCGGCGCGUGUCGCAGCCGCCAGCCUUCCUGCACAGCCCGCUGCUGCGCCGCAUCGACUGGGACAGCCGCGUGCUGCGCCCGCCCGACGAGCCCCCGAAGGAGUUCAAAGUGUGGAAAACCAACGCCGUGCCCCCGCCGGAGACCUACACCCAGCCCGAGAAGCCACCCCCGCAGCCUCCAGGCCUUGACAUGGCCAUAAAGUGGUCCAACAUCUACGAGGACAAUGGUGAUGAUGCGCCCCGACAGCCUAGCAAAGCCAAGUUCCUGCCGGAUGAGGAAGAAGAACCUGUGGAAUCAGAUGACGAAAAAGAUGAUGAACCAGGUUCUGCCAAGAAACGUAAACUGGACUCUGGGGAGCAGAUGAAGAAGAAGAAGUUAUAAGGAUUCAUCCUGGAUUGAGCCACUUCAAUGAACUUGCAUUCCUCUGCCGGAAUGGGAAACAACUACGUGUUCACUGAAUUUCUCUCUCCUGUCGGGUAGGGAAUUUUAUUUCUGUAGUACACUUGCCUUUUGGAAAGCACAAAACGAAACGGACGUUGUCGUGAUAGGAACUCAUCUACUGAACAAAACCUGUUUAUUUAAAAGAGGGAUUUAGAAGCAGGAUCCAUCCUGAUGGAUGCUUGUGCUCAUGGAGGUUACGGGGCUUCGUGAUAUUUUGUUUAUCAAGAAACCUGGUGACGUGAGUUUUUCUGGACCGAUUUCUCCAUUGUGUCAAACCCUUUUAUAAAGGAAUAUAAAGUCCUGUCCUGUGCUGUGUUUGCCUAACGGUGUUUUGAAAUGUGUAAAGAGUGAAAAUAGGUCACUGGAAUAAAACUACGUUUGAAAGCCUCUGUGGUAUAAACAUUGCAUUACGUGCUUGGUGAAGAGGAGGGAUGAACCUGGUGCUGUAUGCGUUUCUGUGAUGUAUUUGUUAUGACACAACAGAUUCCUCAGGGUUUUGUUUGUAAUAAAUAGAAAAAUGCAAACAGUAAAACAUGUGGACGUGGUAAUGGAGUUUGAUAUGUGAUAUUUAGUUUUGAUGUUAUGUGGUCUGCAUCAGCAAAAUGUGAGAUAAGCUGAUGCCGGGACAAUCGAAUCUUCCUAAAACUGAAGAUAUUGUCUAGGUAUUUAUAUG